AUGGCGGGAUACGAUGGCGGAUUAUCUGCCGCGCCAAGAUUUUUGGAUGAACGAGCAGAGAACCCUGUUUACAUGCCCAUGAUGUCAAUGCAGUCCUUGACUGCCUUCGCCUUGCCCGUCAUGUCACCGCCGGUGUUUCUUGCGCCCGUCGCAGCACCCAUGGGGAUUGACAUCGCCACGGAGGUGCAACGCCUGAUUGAAACCGAGUCAUUCAAGCCGCUCUCACUGAGUGCUACUGGGCUGGAAAUGUUGAUGGAAGUGGCAGCCAGACUGAGCAGUUCCUCCGAAAGGGUGUUGGACGCGAGCAUGAUGAGCUUGGAACAGGUUUUGCGACUUCAUCCAGAUUUGGUCAGUGUCUGGGAGCAGGACGAGUUUGGGCUCAUGGUCUCCGUGCCACAGUCUCCCUGGCUGGGUGCCAAUGCUAAGCCACCAGAGGAGCAUGGAGUGCCCAAAGGGAAGCCACAGAAAGGGAAUCGAGAGCAGGUCCUCAAUGGAAUUUUGCGCGGGAAGGCCUUGGACAUCAUUGAAGAUCUCACAGUGGUGCCUGACCUUCAGGAAAGCCUUUGUGACAUUGCGUCCAUCUUGCUGGCUUCCCCUGACAGGACAAUGCUGGUUUCCAGCUUAGGGAAUCGCAUCUCGAACAAGACCAGGAAUUUCCUGAGAUGUGCGAAGUUGCGUACUGCACAGCUCCUGCGGUGCUUUGCGGAUGACUUUGUCCUUGAGGAGAAGGGCGCUGGCACCACUGUGACCUACACCAAGGCGGCUCCAGAGCAAUUCUAUGUCACACAGCAACAGCAUCAGAGGAUCGACUUUGCACGUCAUUCUCGACUUCUGAAAUUGGCGGCCGAUGUGACCAUGGAUUUCAGGCAAGCCAAAGAUUUCUCGGCAACUGACUUGAUCAAUGCCGUUUGCACGAGUGGCACCAAUGGAUUGAUGAUCGUUGACUGCAGAACAGAGGCGGAGCAGUCCAUCAGUGCCUUGCCUGGCGCUAUACAGCUGUACAACGUGACUGCUGAGUAUUUGAAGGAGGCGAGGCUGGUGGUUGCGCUGCUCGGCUGGGAAGGAUUGAAAGACACUGGUGCUGCAGUCGAUAGAGCGUAUUGUUGCAUCGGCUGCCGUUCGGCUGAGUGGUGCCAGGAGCUUUCUGGCUCCAUCAUUGCGGACAAGUUGCAUUACCUGCGCGGCGGCAUCGCGGCAUGGCUCCAUGAGGGUGGACAGCUCAUUCAGCCAAGCACUGGCUUGCCUUGUCGCCUGGUUCACUGUUGGUCGUGGGAACUUAGCGCCUUCUUUCCAACUCGAGGUUGCACUCUGCACUGCCCCGAAAUUGCUGCACCACAGUUUCUGGAGCCGGAAAACUCGCCUGAAAGAAGCCUGCUGCGCGCAUCCCACGUGCGGUCGCAGAGAUUGCGCAAAGUGGCAUGGGAGGCAGAACAUAUGCAGCUGUUGAGAUCGGUGCGUUUGCGGUAUUGCCCAUCGGUGCUUUGUCUCGAUGCGGAGGAUAUCAUCAGAUCCAUUCGACAUGAAGAGGAGGUCGGCAGAUCUACAGGGUAUGUCUUUGUGGAUGUGCGUACGCCAGAAGAAGUGGAGGUGUCAACCAUUUCAUCUCCCGGGUGUCCCACCAUCUUCAAGGAUGCUUUCCUGAAGAUGGUUUCAAAUGCCACCGCCGAGAGUUUGAAUGGGUACACCUUCAUCCUAUUUUGCACGGUGGGAGGUCGUUCCGGAAGGAUCUGCCAGGAGCUGCUGACAGAUCCUGAAAAGUUUGGUGCGACCAAGGUGGUUUCCCGGCGGAGCAUUGCAGGUUGGGCACAUGCCAAGGGCGGCUUGGUCGACUCCAUGGGCCAGCCCACACUCCGGAUCAGCCCAUGGUGUCAGGCGACGCUGCGAAAUCCCCGAAACAUUUGA